AACCCUUUUGUUUUGUAAGACAAUUUUAUAGUUACCAGUGUCAGCACAGUUAGCUGCUAAUUCCACACUUAAAUCUUCCUUGCAAAUUUGUUCCUUGUUCUUGUUUUUUUAUUGAAUCAGUUCAUGCUCUAUAACUAGAUAAAUGGCUAUGAAAAAAGAGAUAUCAAGUAAAAGUGUGAUAUUUUCAAAAAUCUCUACCACAUACAUAGUAAGAGUCACAAUGUUAGAACUUUUGCCAUAAUUCUAAAUUCUAUGUGGUUAAAUAUAUAAAAACAUAAAAUACUGCCAGUUAAGAAGACUAAAAAUUGUCGUUUUAUAUCUUAGAUGCUAUGACAGACAAAAUAACUUGAAUCGUUAGCAUAAGUCCAUAAUAUUGGUCAUGAUGGAAUCAGAGCAAAAGGAUGACAUGAAACAGGCCAAUCAACCUAACUUAAAUGGUGCAACUAUGCAAGUAGGAGAUGAGGGUCAUGCAAAUAGCACAAACAGUGAAGCUUCAUCCACCUCCUCUUCACCACGCUCACAUUUCCACAAGUAUCGAAACAUGGAUACAAAAACACCAAGCCCAGAUUUUGAGGAGUGUGAUAAAAGUAACGAGACUGAAGAUCCUGUACAUAUCAUAGUAGGAAUAUGUGCCAUGAAUAAGAAGACUUAUUCCAGACCAAUGAAAGAAAUUUUGAAAAGACUAAAACGAUUCAUUCUAUUGGAUUUUCAAAUAUUCCCAGAUGAGAUUGUCCUUAAUGAACCUGUUGAAAACUGGCCUGUUGUGGAUUGCUUAAUUUCAUUUUACUCAACAGGAUUUCCAUUGGAGAAAGCGAUUGCUUAUGCAAAACUUAGAAAGCCGUUAGUUAUUAAUGACCUUGAAAUGCAAUAUCUCUUGCAAGAUCGGAGGGAAGUGUAUAGAUUACUUGAAGAGGAAGGAUUGGAGAUACCAAGAUAUGCCAUAUUUAAUCGUGAUCCUCAUGGAAAUCCAUUGUCCUCAGAUGAAGAUAUUGAGGAGUUUGAUGACACUAUUAUUGUAAAUGGAAAGACAUUCACAAAGCCUUUCGUAGAAAAACCAGUCAAUGCAGAGGAUCAUAACAUUUAUAUUUAUUAUCCUUCAUCAGCUGGCGGUGGAUGUCAAAUCCUAUUUCGUAAGAUUGGAAGUCGUAGUAGCGUUUAUUCAUCCGAGAGUCGUAUUAGACGCACUGGUUCUUAUAUUUAUGAGGAUUUUAUGCCAACCGAUGGGACAGAUGUUAAGGUGUACACAGUGGGAGAGGAGUAUGCUCAUGCAGAAGCAAGAAAAUCCCCUGUGUUAGAUGGAAAGGUUGAACGAGACAGUGGGGGAAAAGAACUUAGAUACCCAGUGAUCCUAAGUGCUCAUGAGAAACUACUUGCCAAGCGAGUAUGCAGUUGCUUUAAGCAAACUGUGUGUGGAUUUGACCUAUUGAGAGCAAAUGGAAAAUCUCUUGUUUGCGAUGUGAAUGGAUUCAGCUUUGUAAAAACAUCACAAAAAUAUUAUGACGACUGUUCACAAAUACUGGCAGACAUUAUUCUUCAAAACAUUGCUCCUCAACUUUGGAUACCACAGGAAUUGGUUAGUGUUGAUCACAAAAAGUCUGUUGAAGCACCUGUGCAAACACCAGCUAGUACGGUGAUGGAGUUGCGAUGUGUAAUUGCUAUAAUUCGCCAUGGCGAUAGAACACCAAAACAGAAGAUGAAAAUGGUUGUUACCCACCCAUUGUUUGUAAAACUAUUUAACAAGUAUGGUGGCCCAGAUGAAGGUCGUUUAAAGAUAAAGAAGCCAAAACAGCUGCAAGAAAUACUGGAUAUUACCCGAACAUUGCUUGAAGCCUAUGAAGAAGACCCGAAGCAGCCAAUUCAUGAGAACAAGUUAAAACUUGCACAAAUGAAGAGUGUUUUGGAAAUGUAUGGAUAUUUCUCUGGCAUCAAUCGUAAGGUUCAGUUAAAAGCAAUGGCUGACAAACGAAACUAUGACAUGCUGACAAAAUUUAAAGGUCGUAAUAAAAAGUCACAAACUUCUGUAGGAAACACUCAAGCUUUACUGUUGAUUUUAAAAUGGGGAGGUGAAUUAACACCAAUGGGAAAAAAGCAAGCUGAAGAUCUGGGGAGAGCAUUUCGAUGUGUUUACCCUGGUGGACAAGGUGAAUAUGGUAGAGUACCUGGUUUUGGAUUUCUUCGUCUUCAUAGUACGUACCGACAUGACUUAAAGAUCUAUGCAUCAGAUGAAGGACGUGUACAAAUGACAGCAGCUGCAUUUGCAAAGGGUUUACUGGCAUUAGAAGGCGAGCUGACACCUGUUCUUGUUAGUUUGGUCAAUAGUGAUAAACACGUGACUGGAAUGUUGGACACACCUGUUGAUGUAAGUGGUACAAUGCAAAGAGUCAAGUGUCGUCUACAUGACCAUCUACAUUCAACAAGUGAUUUCACUCCUCAAGAUGAAGAAGAUUUAACACUAUCUCCCAACUCAAUAUUAAAAGCGAUGCGUGAAGUGAAAAACCCUCAUCAAGUAUGUCAAAAAAUAUACGCCCUGGUGCAAGAGCUAGUGAAACAAAUCAACAAAAAAUGUGACGAUUCUAACAGCUGCCCAAAUAAGAAUGACUUGUAUCACGACGAAAGUUUGAAUCUGAUGAAGCAUCGUUGGGAAAAGUUAGAGAAAGAUUUCUGGAGUGGAGAUGAGUUUGAUAUAAGUUUGAUUCCAGAUAUUUAUGACUGUGUCAAAUAUGAUUAUUUGCAUAACAGAUCAUUAGGUCUACGUCAUCUACCCGAACUUUAUCAGCAUUCAAAAUCAUUAGCUGAUAUUGUCAUACCUUUGGAGUACGGAAUAACUGCGGAAGAAAAGACAACGAUAUCGAGACAAAUUUGCAAUCGGUUCUAUCGCAAAAUACAAGCUGACCUCCAGUAUAAUGUCAAUCGAUUGGAAGACACUGUUCACCGGUUAGAUCCAAGUUCUUGGGCGGAUUAUGAAGAGGCGUUGCAACAUGGUGAAUCUCGUGAUAUCGCUACACCACAUCGCCACGUUCGCACACGCCUGUACAUCACAAGUGAAAGUCAUGUCCAUUCAGUGGUAGCAGCGUUGAGAUACGGAAAUCUUUUUAAGGACAUGACAGACUCACAGUGGGAAUAUGCGUUGGAACACUUGAAUCAUGUUUCAGAAUUCAACUACCUCACCCAGAUCGUAUUAAUGCAGUAUGAAGAUCCCUCUGCUGAUCCUUUGUCAGAAGAUAGGUUUCACAUAGAACUGUUUUUCAGCCCCGGUGUAAAAACUCCAGACAAUGAGAAGGUGGCACACCAACUGGCUUCGGAAUCGCUUGAAAAUUCAGAAUCACUUACGAAGGAAGAAUCGCUGGCGGAAAUUGAAACGUUAGAUUUGUUAGAAAGAGAAAAAUCUGAAUCAUCAAGUGAGGGGAUAUUGAUUAGUAGUAAAGAUAAAAAAGAAGAUGCAAGUAGAACGUCACUGGAUGUUUCACCAAAAUUUUCCUCGACUACUCCUAUUCGAAUGUCAUUACAACCCAUGGUGGAGCGCGUUAAUUCUACACACCACGGAGGAUCCUCUAAAAAUGACAUCAUUGCGUCAAGCGCGAUCAAUCCUGUUGAGGACUCUGUGACUAUUCAAGGGGCUGAUGUCAUCGAGACACUUCCAUCUUUACACCCUUUAAUUCGAUUACACAAUAAUAUUGGUCAAAACAGGAUGGACACGUUUUUUGGUGCUUUGACGGAUGAUUUAGUUGCAAAAGAUAGCACAGUGGAUGUUAAAGAAGGACGCAUAAACGAUACUAAUUCUAUACCCGACAUCCCUUUGAUGAGGUGAUACCACUUUGACUAGCAGGAAUUUCUGUUCAUUAAGCUGCUAUGGCUAUGCGUCAUUAUCUCGAUAUCCCAGCAUGAUAUUUACUUUGGAGUGACUGUUAAUCUUCUCAGUAGGUCAUAAAGAAUUUUACCUUAUCUCGCUUAUUCAGUUAUAUUUAUUAUUUUUUACGACGAACUAAUUAAUAGGAAAAUAUUAUUUUUGGCAUUUCAACUGUUCCUGGAAAGUUUAUUUUUAGUGAUUUUUUUACAAAGAUCUUCAACCGAUCGAAUAAAAGUUUCUAAAAACACCUCCACCGCGGUUAUUCUGCGGUAAUAUUUUAUCGCGUUAAGAUAUUAGAAAGUCAAUAAAAAUAGUUAAGGAACUUUUGAUGUCUCAAAGGAAGGCAUAACACUCUUUUUCUGUUAUAAGAAUAUGCUUUAUAAGAAAUUCUUGCUGGAAUUUAUGAUUAAAAACAAAAGGUAUAUUGUUUAGAACGAUAGAGAAAUAAGAAUAAUGACCAGCCUGGUUAGAAUUUUGAUAUUCUAAAGUGUAAUUUUUUUGCUGACAUUAGCAUAAAUUAAAAUCUAGACUAGAUAUUGUAUCAAUACAUUAAGUAAAUUUGAAAUUUAUACACAUUUUUUUAAUCCUCAUUUUAUAUGGAGUUAUAUGUGGGAAAAUACACGUGCAUGUUUUUCGUCGCGUCUCAAAGGUUUUCGUCGUGUCGUAUCUUUAUUUGUGGCGUGGUUUGCUUUGACCCGUAAUAGUUUUCGUCGUGUCGUAUCUUUCUUCGUCGAGUAGUUUUCUUCUUCGCAGCGUAAUGGUUUUCGUCGUGGCGUAUUACUCAUGUUGGUGUGAUCUCAUGUUUCGUCGUGUCGUAUGUCACUUCGUGGGGUAUUUUACUUUGUGGCGAAAUAGUUAUGCUUUUUUUACACGGAAUUACUAAUUUCGUGAAGCUUUUACACAACAUAUUUCACUUUUUUCCUAGUAGCUUUGGUCUUUCUACUGGGUAAAGCUAGCUAUUAUUUUUGUCAUUUUCUUUUAAUAAACGAUACAUUCUUUAGCUAUAGAUUUAGCUAGCUAUCUAUACAUUUUUAGCAUGCUACACUGUAUAAUCUAUUAUCUAUUUUUUAGUUUAAAUGGAUUCUGAUGAAAAUAUCAAAAAUCAAGUAAACUAACUACAUAAUCAUAAAUUAUUACAUAAAACUCUUUCACAACACAUAAUAUUUCUUCAUAAUCACAAAUGUAAAACUAACUUAAAAUAAAAUAUAAUUUUUUAGCACUAACCUACAGGUUUUGUUUAUUUUACUGCACCUUAUUCAUGUGACUUCGCUUUCUUGUAAGCGCUACACGAAUUUAGUAAUUAGUGUUAGAAAAAGCAUGAAAAUUUUCGCUACGAAGUGAAAUAUGUCGCGAAGUGAAAUACGCACCGAAGUGAAUACGCCACGAAGUGAAAUACGCCGCAAAGUGAAAUACACCGCGACGAACACAAAUACGGCUCGACAAAACGUUAAGCCACCCCACAAAGAAAGAUACGACGCGACAAAAACCAUACACGAAUAUUGUCCCAUAUAUAACUCCAUAAUUUUAAGGUCUACCCAGUGAUAUAAUUAGUUUUCAAAAAAUGACUUUCAAAAUUUCAAAAGGUGUAGCCUUUUACCGUAAUGCUUCAAAUAAACGCCCCUCUUUUUCAGUCAUUUUAUAAAUAAUGCCCCCCCCCCCCUAAUAGACGCCCCUCCCUCAUAAGGGGCGUUUAUUCGAGGCGAUUGUAAAAGUAUACUUACUUAUUUUUUUCCUAAAUCUUAGGUUUAAAGUUUAAAAUUUAGCUUUUCGCUUUUGAAGUUCAUUCUCUAAAACAUGUGAGUAUCUUUUAUUUUCUGUUGUGAAGAUAUAUAUUAUAGAUAUACUUAACAACUGCAAAAAAGACGAAAAAAAUUUAAUAAACGCCCCGCUCUUUUAAACGCCCCCUCAAAUAGACGCCCCCGAAAAUGUCAAAAAAUUUAAUAAACCCCCCGGGCGUUUAUUCGAAGCAUUACGGUAUGUGCAUGUUGCAGGUAAAAAAUGUAAAAUGAAAGUUAAAAAAUGCUAAAGUGAAACUAAUUUUUUUAUGAAUGAAUGGUGUAACAUGAACAGACUAUUACAGUCUCGUUAUUUA